UGCGCUGUCCGCUGAUUGUCAGUGCGGUAGUGCCUCAGUUCGGCCGCUUGCCUCUUAGGUCGAGGAAGCUAUCAUUGCUUCGCGCCGGUUCCUGCAUUUUCGUCUUGUGUGAACCCGCGUCGGUGUGAGGAAGUCCUCGUUACCUUGAAGGCAAGAAGAACAGGCAGAAGGUGGGAAAGAAGAGGGAGGAGACCAUGGCGGCAUCCGUGCCAGAUAAAAACAUCAAGAAGAAAACGGAGAAGAAGCUGGCUGCCCGAGAGGAAGCCAAAUUGUUGGCCAGUUUCAUGGCGGUUAUGAAUAACAUGAGGAAGCAAGAAGUAAAUAUAGUUCCGUCUGAGCAACUUUCAUAUUGUGGAGUUCAACUUCCAGAAUUCGCCAGGCAGCAAGAUAAGAAAACGCUAUGUGACGUUAUAUUGAUAGUCCAGGAAAGGAGGAUCCCAGCUCAUCGGGUUGUACUUGCUUCAGCCAGUCACUUUUUUCACUUAAUGUUUACCACAAAUAUGAUUGAAUCAAAGUCAUUUGAAGUUGAAUUAAAGGACGCUGAGCCAGAUAUAAUUGAACAGCUGGUGGAGUUUGCUUAUACUGCAAGAAUUUCUGUGAACAGCAACAAUGUCCAAUCAUUGCUGGAUGCAGCAAAUCAAUAUCAAAUUGAACCUGUGAAAAAAAUGUGUGUAGAAUUUUUAAAAGAGCAAGUGGAUGCUACAAAUUGUCUUGGUAUAAGUGUAUUAGCAGAGUGCCUUGACUGCCCAGAACUGAAGGCCACUGCAGAUGAUUAUAUUUAUCAGCACUUCACAGAGGUGUACAAGACCGAUGAAUUUCAGCAGUUAGAUGUUAAACGUGUGACACAUCUCCUCAAUCAAGAUACUCUGACUGUAAGAGCCGAAGAUCAGGUUUAUGAUGCUGCUGUCCGUUGGUUAAAGUAUGAUGAGCCAAACCGUCAGCCCUUCAUGGUUGAUAUUCUUGCUAAAGUCAGGUUUCCUUUAAUUUCAAAGAAUUUCCUUAGUAAAACAGUUCAGGCAGAGCCACUUAUACAGGACAACCCAGAGUGUCUCAAAAUGGUUAUAAGUGGAAUGAGAUACCAUCUCCUUUCUCCAGAAGACAGAGAAGAAUUGGUGGAUGGGACUCGUCCAAGAAGGAAAAAGCACGAGUACCGUAUCGCCUUGUUUGGAGGAUCACAGCCGCAGUCAUGUCGAUACUUCAAUCCAAAGGAUUACAGCUGGACAGACAUCCGAUGUCCCUUUGAAAAGCGGAGGGAUGCAGCUUGUGUUUUCUGGGAUAAUGUAGUUUAUAUUUUGGGUGGUUCACAGCUUUUUCCUAUAAAACGAAUGGAUUGCUAUAAUGUUGUUAAAGACAGCUGGUACUCCAAACUGGGUCCUCCAACUCCUCGUGACAGCCUUGCAGCAUGUGCAGCAGAGGGUAAAAUUUACACAUCUGGUGGUUCAGAAGUAGGAAAUUCUGCUUUAUAUUUAUUUGAAUGCUAUGAUACAAGAACAGAAAGUUGGCAUACAAAGCCCAGUAUGCUGACUCAGCGAUGCAGUCAUGGGAUGGUAGAAGCAAAUGGCCUGAUUUAUGUAUGCGGAGGAAGUUUAGGGAACAAUGUUUCUGGAAGAGUGUUGAGUUCCUGUGAAGUGUAUGAUCCAGCAAAGGAAACGUGGACUGAGCUAUGCCCAAUGCUUGAAGCCCGAAAGAACCAUGGUUUGGUGGUGGUGAAAGAUAAAAUAUUUGCUGUAGGGGGGCAAAAUAGCUUAGGUGGCUUAGACAGUGUGGAAUACUAUGAUAUUAAACUGAAUGAAUGGAAGAUGGUUUCCCCAAUGUCAUGGAAAGGUGUAACCGUAAAAUGUGCAGCCGUGGGUUCCACAAUUUAUGUUCUUGCUGGAUUUCAGGGUGUGGGUCGCUUGGGGCACAUCCUUGAAUAUAACACUGAAAUUGACAAAUGGACACCAAACUCUAAAGUUCGUGCUUUUCCAGUGACCAGCUGUUUAAUUUGUGUAGUUGAUACUUGUGGAGCAAACGAGGAGACAUUAGAAACUUAAAAACUUUAGGAUUAUCAAAAAUGUUCCUGAAAGAAAUUGCUAUUUGUUUUAUUCUACUUUUUAGUUGUGUUUUGCCAGUCCAUAAUAUGGGGAAAAAUUGGAAUGUAAUUUUCAUUAUUAGUUUAACUUUUUUUAUAAUUUGAGUUUUCUCAUUUAAGUACUGUUCUUUAGUGUCCCUUCUAUGCAUUGGAACUAUUUCAAUUUCUCCAAAUGAGGAGUGAAGAGAAAUGAAAAUUUCUGAAUAUGCCUAUAUAAUAUUUUCAAAAAACAACUGUCUAAUAUGCAUUGCAAAUUAUUUUAAGAAUAACUCUUCAUUAAUCUUCAUUUUUCAUUAAAAGCACUGACCUUCUUCAAGUAGACAACUCCCAAAACAAAGUAUUAAAGCUAUAUGUUGCUCAAACUAGUGAUCAGGAUGCCGUUUCAUCACAGAAUUCAAGUUCUGUAAUUUUGUUUCCAAUAAUUGAAAUAGUUUAAGUUAAUUCCAAUACUAUUAAUCUUCUCUUAUUGCAAUAACAAAGUAUUGUUAUUGUACAUGAGCAUUCUAUCUCUUUAAAUGCUUGUAUCACAUAACCAAAGUGGUGUUAAGGAAGAGGCAAAUAAUUUCCUGAACAUUCUUAAUUCUAUCUGCACAAAGAUUUAUUAUCUGGCGUGCUGUUCCAUUAUAUUCUUUCAAACAUGCAUCUUCGAGCUGAUGAUUUUGGUAAGUGCAUCUACUUUCUGAAAUAUUACAGGUAUAAACAAGAUAAUAUGGUAACUUUCUUUUAUUUGCGAAUGAAUGUAGGUAGGGAUGCCACAGUGGAAAAUUUCAUAUAUUUUUUUUAAAAUUCUGUUUUUAAAGUUUUGUCCUGAACUGCAAUCCAUUUAAUUUUUGUCUUUUGUUUAUGAAUUGAAAUCUAUGCUACUUAAAAUCUGCAUAGUUUUGAUCUGAUUUCCUUUCUUCAAGCUACUUAUAAAAAUUCAUAAUCAUUUCUUACAUGUCACUAAGAUUGCAGUAAGGUUUCAAAACUAUAUAUGUACUUUAAAAGUACUCAUUUAUAAACUUGCAUAUGAGAAUGUUGAAUGAUAGCACUUACGUAUAAAACUUUUUGGGGUAUAAAUAUACAUUGCUUUGCCUAAUUUUUCUUAGCAUAUUUUUGCGGUUAAGAGGAAGAGAAAGAGAGAGAGACUGAUUUCUUCUAGAUUGAAAUGUUUAUAUUGAACCAGGUAUAACUUUGUGUAUCUUCUUAGUUUGGCUUUGUAUUAUGAAAAUCUGAACGUAGUACUUUAAACAACUCUGUAUGCUUGCAAAGAGGGAUACAAAUUUAAUUUUCUAACAAUUUUUAAGUUGGAUUUAAUUUAAGUUGGAUUUAAAAACAAAUUCUUAAACUGAGGUGCAUUUUUUUUCCAAUUAAUAGAUUGUCCAAAAAUUUAAAAAAAUAUUAAUAGAUGUAAUUUUCAAGCAAUGAAAAUGCAAAAAGGAACUUAAUCCAGCUCAUUAACGAAUAAGAUUCCUUUAUUUACUUUAUGAAACAGGAACAGUUUCAUAAAAUCAAUAUAAACUAAUGCAAGUUUUCCAUAGGUUUACAUUUCUACAUGUUAUUUGUUUAGGAAGACUGUGAUAGAUCUGUUUCAUUGUGAAUGUUCAUGCAUUGUAAUGUUCAUAGUUUAUGGACAUUAUGAGCAAAAGUUUUCUUGUUUUUGUGUACUGGGCAUCUAUUAAAAGAUCUUGUAUAUUGAAUAAUUUUGUUAUGUAUCAAAAUUCUGAAAGUGAAGCAAAUACCUCAGUGAGGCUUUUGUGGUCAGUUAAUUUUAUUAAAUAUUUGUUCCUAAAA